GAAUAUCAAGGCCAGAAUCAAGAGAUGCGGACAAAUCGAGCGUAUCAUCCAACAUUUCCGCAUCAGAGCACUUGUAAAAGGGCAGAGCAGAUCCCAGACAGUUACUGCAUAACCAGGUAGAGGAGGAGGCUGUCAGGCCGAAACACUUCAGGUGGAAAGAGCCAAUACAAACACAGCAAGUUAUGCUUGCUUUGAUUUCUUCUUAUCGUCUUCUCACAGCAAUCACAUUUCGUUAUGUUUCGCUUGGAAUUUGUUUUUUGUUUUGACUUCUGGGUGCUUGAUGUCACUGUUUGUGCUGGGCCCGGAUUCACAGAAAUAUCACCACUCAGGAUUAAUAGCCUUUGUGUUGCGAUGGAGUUGCUGUAGUAAGCAACCGGCAUUUUGUAAUAUCGCGGACGCUUGCGCCUUUGUUUACAUCGAUGAGAGCUGGACCAUACAGAAUCCAUUGUAGCGAGGGCGAGAUAAUUUGUUUCAGACAAUGAACGACUAUCCCUUGGGACACAGCAGUUUAGCCAUAUGCAAAUGUCGAAAGACCAAUGUUCAAAUAUCCAAGUUCGAGCUGAGAAAUAUCCUUGCUUCGUAUAGCCACUUGAACCAAGACCAUGCCAAGAAAAUUGUAUUGUUGGCAAGUACGUUGACUUAUAAAACACCGGAACAAAAUUCAGCGCCGCAGAAUGGAUAUCUAAAAGGAAAAUAAGAUAUAACAAGGAGACCUAAAAAUCCGUGUCUAUACGCCAUCAUUUGCAUUGAAUUAUCGAUUAAAGUACUAGAGCAGCUAAAAACUAAUAUUUGUAAAAAUAUCACUUUGAAAGGGUUCUUCGUCUUUUGAUGGAGUAAGCUUGAAUGAGAGAGAGCUGUCAUGUAGGUUAGGAAAGUAACUUAUUUUAGGAGAUUUUGCUAUCUGAACAGUCAUUGUAUUAUAAAAAGUGGUACUUUACUGUUUACGUGUUCCGCGAGAGAUGAAUUCACGCUGUUAUAGCAAAACUCAGUCUCAAAUGUUUCUCUUGGUUUCCGGCCGCCGUGUUGGUGCCCGUUCGGAUGGCGUCUCCAUGCAGAGCUCUAUAAAUUUAAGUAAAUCAAUUCUCCAAAUAUCUCGCAUACGAAAAAUUGCUUUGACCUAAAUCUUAGCGUGGGUCUGAACAUAUUACCCCCAUUCAGUUUCCGGUUUCUGGAGUUACUCUAUGGAUCGGUUUCGAUUUUUAUGGCGUGACAGUGAAAACCAACCAAACUGGAUACACGUGUCAUCCUUUUACAAGCUGAUCCUUACAAAGCGACACAUUCUCUGGUUGUCUUUUGUGGUAAAAUUUUUGACGGUUAAGACGUCCUUCCUCGGAGUCCGUCGGAAAUAUCGGGAAAACUCUCAGGUCGCUAUGUUCUUUAUAAUUAUUAUGGUCAAUUUUUAAGCUCUCUGGUAGUGCUGAGUUCCAUUUGUGGAGUUAGUACUGUUUGCUUCAUUUAUUUAUGGCAUGGAUUUUUUUUAUCCUUUUCAACGCAAACUUAAUUUUUAAAUUGUCUCCCGCAUGUUCACAUUUUUUAGCCCCCUGGUGCAGUUUUAGUACGAUUCCGCUGGCCCCAAUUUGCGACAUUUGCGCCUCUCCGAAAAACAUGACAGAUACUCGGGGAGGGGAAAUGGGCCCUCUUAGCUUCAAACUGACGGCUAAAUUAUCAGUCAUGAUCGCGAAGUCACUCGCCAACUCAGCGAAAUAUAUCUACAACCUAUUUCCAAGGAAAACAAGGUAUCUUUAGCUUCUGUUCACAUGGCAAGUUUUGUACAAUGCUUUACACAAACAUUGUACGUGGCGACCAGCAAGGGAAUAGGAGGCGGUUAGUCAAAUUUUUAAAUAUACAAUAGCAUCGGCGGUGCUACUUUAAACAGUAUUUAAAUUCGUUUUGUUUACUGUACCGGUACCUUUUUAGUUAUCCGAGGAGUGUAAGUAUUUCCAAAAGUCUUGGCAAGUUUAGAUUUUUUCGUUCGUUGAGAACAGUACACUUAUACAAAUGUGACUGUUCUGAUAGACCGGAAGGAAGUCUUUUGUCUAUUUCGUAGCCCGAAUUUCAUCCGAUUGCUUCGAGUCGUUUUCUCCUCUCAGCAACGUCUGAAUCGACUAGCCGUUAAUACCGUCCAGUGACGUCACCACUACCCGAAAACCGGGUAGUGAUUUUGAUUGGUUAAUUGUCUAAACAUUCGCAUAAUUAUGUAUAAUUAUGGGAAAUUUUAGCGGGAUUGACGCUUGAUAUUCAGCGGAUCGCAUCGGUGGCAUGCUUGCGUGGAGUUCAAACAUUUCGAUAAUCUUUAUCGUAAACAGCAAAAAUGGCCUUGUCUUCGAAACUGAAUUGCUAAAUUGAACUGCGAAUGAAGAAUCAUUGCGCAGAGUCGGUAGGUUUUUUAUUUAGAGCCGCUGAGUGUUUUCCGCAGUGAUUUUGUUUAUGCGAAGUUUUUGCAGACCAAUGUCAUGUUGUCAUUCGACCUUCUUGCUAUUUUCACCCUCAACUGUAAUGAUUCUGUUAGCUUUUCUUUCUUGUUUCCUUGUUUUCUUUUUUCUUCGUAAAGGACCAAAUAGCUUCUUUUGAAUGAAAGGAAAUUGUUGUGUUUUGGAACUAAGUGUUUCGCGUUUGUAUUUAUUUCAUUGCGUGAUUGCGCCGAGAGUACUGCAUGCAGUUGAUAGUUUGAACGUUAAAAACAUGAAUUACGAUCGAAAAGAGUAAAGCAAUUCUGUCAGCUGUUCUGUAUCGUGUAGACAUUUCUAAACGACAUUUUCUUGAAAAUCGUGUUUUACUUUUUGCACGCAUUAAAGCGAAGGAGUAGUGACGUCACUGGACUGCAUUAACGGCCGGUCGAUUCAGACGUUACUGAUGGAGUAAUAACGACUUGAAGUAAUCGGAUGAAAUUCAGGCUAUCUUUUUCGGUUUCUCUUUACAAAAUAAAGUUUUGGUAGUUUAGCCUAUUAGCGUUUUUAAUUAAACAGUUAUUCCCCUUGAUCUUGUGGGAUAUGAGUCAAUUCGGCGCCACGCGUCUCGUUGGCUAUUUCUCAUCUCAUAUCCGAGGUGCGGUUGUUGAAAAAGUGUUAAAUAACCCCAGUCUCUUUUCUAAACCGUGUGCACGCGGUUAUUUCAUCCUAGGUAUUUUGAGAACGGAUCUCUGGAGCCAGACUACAGUCUGCCUUGUCCAAAGUAGAAAUAUAUUUGAAAGAAGCCAAAUGGACCUGCAAUUGUACAGAAUUCUAAGGGACCCAAACUCCUUAGGAUUAGGGGAUGCUCGCCGCGUUUAAUUUAAAAACUUCGGGAUAGAGUCAACUUCGGGCAACUCAAACCUCGCGCCCAACUUAAACUUGCUAUUUACCCCCUUUCACUAGUUAACUGUGUUUCUCGGUUGCUACGGCACUGAUUAACUAAAUGAUUCCCGCUGAGUUUAUUUUCUAAAAUCAAAUCAAUUGUAUAUUAGGUAGUAGGUUCCCAAAAGGCUCCAGGUUUGACAGAGACUGACGAUCCUAAACAGGAAACUCAAGAAAAGAAUGAUCAACUGCAAGGAACAGAGAAUCGACAGAUCUCUGAAGGUCAUCUCCAGCCCGAAGACCCGCCUUCAAGACACAGUUACCGUGACGUUGGUUCGUCGCAAAUGCAAGGAACAGAGAAUCGACAGGUCUCCGGAGGUCCUUUCCAGAACGAAGAACCGCCUUCAAGACACAGCAGUUUCCGUGACGUUGGUUCGUCGCAACUGCAAGGAACAGAAAAUCGAAAGGUCUCCGGAGUUCCUUUCCAGAACGAAGAACCGCCUUCAAGACACGGUCACCGUGAUCACAUCUCGCUAAGCAAAGGUAUGAAGCCACACUAUGCUGAUUUGUAGUUUUUCAGUGCUGGAAGUUAGCAGUGGCAUAGGAGCAAUUAUUGCCCGUUUGCACCAUAAGAAUUCGCGUUAGGGUAGAAUUGCAUUGCGAGGUAAAACAAAUUACUCAGUUACACUUUAAGGGAGAAAUACCUGCAAAGAGAUUUUUUGCUUAGUCGCCUUCUAAGAAAAAUGUGAAACCUACUUAUUAGCUACUUUAGUCAAAUGGCGCUCUACACUUCUUACAGGUUCAGAUAAAAUGAGGGCAUUUAUGUCUCUUGGCUGACCGUUAUUUUAAUAGGAAAAGCCUUCUUAGAAUCUCCAAUAAAACAUGUUAUUAUGUAUUAUUUCAUUUUUUUUCUUCAUUUGAAUGUUGCCUCUAGCUCCAAAAGAGAUCCAAGCAAGAGGACGAAAAGCAAUUCUUGCCUAUGAAAAUGCUUUGAAGACUGGAAAAGUAAAGGUAUACCGUGCUCGAAUCAUGUUGAUAGGUCAAGAUCGAGCAGGCAAGACAAGUAUGAAGAGCUCUUUCUUAGGUCUUCCGUUCGAUUCCGAGAAGCAGAGUACUGACGGAAUUGAAAUGGACCUUUCAAAAUUUGAAAUCGACGUCGAUCAAGUAAAGAGCUGGAAACGCACUGAUGAUAAUCUAGGUGUGUCUCAAUUUGCGCACACUCUUGCGGGAAUGGUAGCUGAAAAACUCGAACAAGAAGAAACAGAAAUGGAUACAGUUCAAGAUGAAAAAAUGGGUCAGGUGAGUGGGUGUCUGGAAGGCGCCAGAAGACUAACAAAAUAAGUAAAUAGAGAAACGAGAAUCGUUAUAGAUUUCUAACAUAGUAACAAACAGAGUAGUGUCAGUGAUAAUCAAUGGCGCCGAAACAAUAAGGCGUGACUAAGUUCUAGUUUUGUUUGUUUGUUCAUUUUUCUGUACAUCACGGGCGUCGAGAUGGUUGGAUUGAAACAAACAUCAGGUUCUAUCAAGUGUUUAUGUAGCUUUUCAAGGUAAAGCCUGCCACAGGCGACUGAAAAUAUUACGAACCAGAAAUCUUGAAAUGAAAUGAAAUCUCUAUUUGAUUUACCACAAAAUACAAAUAACGAUAAAACAAGACAGUUACACAAAAGCAAAUGAAAGUGGCGAGGAAGCCCAAAAAGAAACCAUGAGGCUUAUAGACAUUGGGCUCCCUCAGAGUAAAAAUAAAGUUAACAGUAACAGUAAGGCCAGGAUCGAAAGUAAAAUACAAUGAAGGUAAGUAUAAAUUAACUAAUGACAUAGACUGAGUUGACAAAAUAUAAAGUAUGGUACAUGUAACAAUAAGUAUAAAAAUAAUAUCAGACAUGUGAAGAAAGAUAACUAUUUACUACAAGAUUUAUAACUAAUAAUUCAUAUAUAAUUUUUUUUUCAAUUUCGUUUUGAAUAAGUGGAGAGAAUUAGAUUCUUUAAUAUCAUUUUCUAUAGAGUUAUAAUAAGUAGGUCCUUGGAAACUGACAGAAAAUUUACGAAGGUUUGUUCUACAAAAAGGAAGGUGAAAAUCGUUCGCGUAUCUAGUGGCAUAGCUAUGGACUUGUUUGUUUAAAGAAAAAUAAUUGUUGAACUUUGAAGGCAAAAGAGAAUGGUUAAGUUUACCCAAUUCUAGUUGUCUAAUAUCGGAAAGUUUUAGUAGCUCUAAUUCUUUGAAAAUAGGGUCUGAAUGAGAAUCGAAAGUUGAUUUAGAAAUAAUUCUGAUAACUCGCUUUUGCAAAGAGACAAGACGGCGAAGAUUGGUUUUGUACGUAGAUCCCCAGACAAUAAUACAAUAAUGAAGAUAAGGAUAAACUAAACAGUAAUAAAGAGUUUUUAGACAGGGUUUAGGUAGAAAAAAUUUUGCUCUAUUAAUGACACCUAUUGAUUUCGAGAUUUUACCAGCUACUUGAGAAAUGUGCGGUUUCCAAGACAGAUGUUCAUCAAGGACUACACCGAGGAAGACCGUUUCCUUAACCUGUUCGAUUCUCUGUUCAUUUAUGCAUAUUUGCAUACGAAAAUGAUACCUUUUCUGUCUAGGCUUAAAUAACAUAAAGUUUGUUUUCUUUAGGUUUAAGGAGAGUUUGUUUGCCUUAAACCAAGUGGAUAAUUUAUUAAGGUCGGAAUUGAGUGAGGCUGCCAGGUAGACAGGAUCUUUAUGGGACAUAAAUACAUUAGUAUCAUCAGCGAAUAAAAUCAGCUCGACGAGCGUCGAUACGUUAUUUAAAUAAUUAAUAUAGAGCAAGAAAAAAUGUAUGAAAAUCAUAUAUGUAAACUGCGGGGUGAAGAAUUAUAUGAAGGUACUCGCAGUUAUAGACGCAACUUUUACAGUUGCGAAAAAAAAGCCUGAAUAAAAUUCAGGCUUGUACGGGAUUCGAACCUUUGACCUCUGCGAUACCGGUGCAGCGCUCUUACCAAUUGAGCUAACAAGCUAACGACCUGCUUCCAGUUGGCUUGUUGGCUCAAUUGGUAACCUGCACCGUUAUCGCAGAGGUCAAGUGUUUGAAUCCCGUACAAGCCAGAAUUUUUUUCAGGCUUUCCUUUCGCAACUGCAAAAGUUGCGUCUAUAACUGCGAUGAUCUACUUUCAUAUAAUUAAAUCCUAUAAGCAAAAGUUCAUUGAAUUAUGAGAUGAUAGGGUCACUAAGACGUAGUGGUUUCCUUAUAUUAUUGUUUCAUUGUGUAAUAGUUAGUAUAGAAAACUGAUUUUUGCUGGCUCAGGUAUUCUCGUCACAAGGAUUGUAUCAGCUUUUAUAGCGAACUUAAUAGUACAGGGCUCCUAAGUUACACUGUUAAUUUGCGGAGGAAUUUACGUAAAGGCAAAUUUUUGUCGUGACCUUUGGUCUACGUGUCGAAAUAUAUAAUGCGGAAAUACCUUAUAAACGGGUCCGGGUGAAUACUUCAACGUGAAUGCAGACGUCUUUUUGAAAAAGGGUCAAUACCUUGGAACAAGAGAUCAUAAUAGGUCGUAUUAUGACCUCUUGUUUUAGCCUGCGUAGCAAGCGAGUUCGUCAAGAAGAGAAGAGAGUGAAAAAGAAACUUUGGCGCAAAAACUCGAUCCGAAACGCAUGCUACGCAGGCUACGCUUGCUUGGAGCACGGAUUGGCACAGUUGGUUAGUGCGUGGCGUUCUGUGCGAUAGGUCCCGAGUACGAUUACUACAGUCUCAGACAAAAAUAGUUGGGACACUUCCAUCCAACACUGGUUUUUCACUUCUGGCCCGUCUCCUCGUCCUCCCAAUGCUGUUAACUCACCAAAUCCCACCAAAAAGACAGCAAAGUGUCCAAACAUUAUUGACUGAGACUCUAGGUGUGACUUCAAAUCCUUCCUUCCACCUCUUUCCUCUCCAUGAAGCUGUAGGCAGUUUUAAUCGGAGCACUGGUGGAAAUUGGGGGGGAGGGGAGGUGUUAAGGUGCACCGUUGGCCUCAAUGCACGCUUUACUAGCCAUAGCAAUCAUCUGACAGUCCGGCUGCUGAUGGUCCGUACUGAUAAUGUAGGAACGUAUAUGCGAUGAUGUGCUGUUUUUAACCCAGUCUCUCUUCUUCUUUUUUUAAAGUUUGGUUUUAACAUUUCUGAAGAACCUGGGAAACAAGGAGCAAACAUGGAUCCAAAGCCUCGAGAUAAACCUCCAAUUAGGCAGGUCAGUGAUUAUUGUCCUCUAAUUAGCUUGCUCGUGAACAAGAAAAUGCGAGAAUACUUAAAACCAUGGCGCCGGUUCCUGGAAAGCCAAUUAGUUCAAAUUGGCCAGGAUAAAAGAUCGCUUAUCGCGAAAUAUAUCCCAUGAUUUCAUUCUGUUCCUGAAAGCACAAUCAAACCUUAUCCAGGAAUAAACUGUUUGUUAAAGUUAACCCACCUAGCGAGGUCGAUUAACUCAUCGGGGAAGCUUGUCUAAAGAAAAGAAAUGGCAAACUUACUGUCCACUUUGAUUUGGUCCACAAAUACGCGAAAGAAAGUUACAACAGCGAGAAAAUGAUCUCAAGUAAUUCACUGAUGAAGAACGACGCAGCAGAUUUAGGUUACGCCGAGAGUCAAUAAAAUAGCUGCGUGGUAGAAAUCCUCAAGGACGACCUCCAGGGACAGAUAAGGAAAAACCAUGCGCUUUCAUCAUCGUUACAAGUUCUCUUAGGACUGCAUUUUUUGCUCUCGGCAGUUUUCCGCCAUUUUUUUUGUUUACUUCACCUGCGCCGACCACCGCGCCGCGACCCGCGCAUAACAUUUUUUGCGCCAUAUUUUCAAAAGCAGGCAUUCCAAAAUCCAAACCUAGUUGAACCGGUUUAUUCUAGAACUAAUCUCGGAUUAGUUAAUCGUUGGAUAAUUUCGCCUUUAUCAACCUCUUUUUAAGCCACGAUUAGUUAUACGGAGAAUAAGAAUUAAUUAAUCGUGGAUUAACCACUAAUUGGAAGAUAGUUUAAUCGCUUUCCAUGGAACCCCGGGACUGAAGGACACUUGAUAGUUACAGUUGACUCCGGAUAACUUGAACAAAAAUCGAUUUCUCCUGGAUUUCCUUCCUACAUUUACUGUAAUUUUACCCUUGGUAACUGGAACCCUCGAUAACUCGAACCUCCUGCUAGCUCAAAGUAAUUUUUGUUUCUCCUCACAUUAUUUCUAUAUAAUUUUACUACCGAUAACUCGAACUAUGUUUUUUAGCGCCUAAAAAGUCGGGAAAAAACAGUUUACUGGCGUCCGAAACAUUGAAUUUUGAAUUUCCUAUUGACGUGUUGCUAGUGUAGGCUGAUGUUGUUUGUCACAAAUCUAACGUGUCUGAACAGUUUUACUUUACAAAAGAGUAAAACGCAUGCUCUAUUUAGGCUAUAUUUUGUUACGUUACGUGUUGAUUUAUAUUCUAGAAGAAUCUUUCAAUUUUCACUUCAAUUUUCGAGCUCCUAAUUAUAAUGUUAUCGGGAGUAAGCACCCUCUCGGUGUAGAUUAUGCAUGUGAUACCGUUUUCUUCUUAAAGUAAGCACCAGCGUUUAAAAGUCCUUCCGUAUUUAGGCCCGUGGCUUAUGUAUUUUAAAAUUGCCCUUGGAUAACUUAAGUAUCAACUACGAUGAGAACCAAUUGUUAUGGUAAACCAGGUGUAUUGUAGGAAAUGUGAAAAUGUUGAAUAGCGUGUUCUUUGGUACUGCGAACACUAUAUUUGGUUAGUUAUUGUGCUCACAGUUAUGUUUUGUAUACUGUAUUCCGUUUUUAUUUACGAAAGAUUUUGAAUUACUAUUUUUUUUCGAAUAUAAGCCCCUGGGCUUGUUUUCAGCAUUUUACGGUAUUCUUAUUGAGAUAUUGACUAGUAAUAAUUGCAAAUUACGGGACUGCGUUCAAUGGGGAGGAGAUGGGGGUGGGUAGUGAGUGGUAGUGGUAAGGGGGUGCAUAACAUGAUGAGCUUGUAAGAUUGAGAAAUUAGCAAGCUGUCCUUAUCAGUGUUAUUGUUUAUCCUCUAACUUUACAUUUCGUUACUAUUUCAUUAUUCCUCAAAUAUGUAAGAGCGUACUGUAUUUUUGACAUUUACUUGGUUAAACCUCUAAGUAAGUACAUGUAAGUAACAACAGGUCAAACACUGACUACGAUCCUCAGGAUAUUCUUUUGCACUGUAGGAUGGUCAAUAAAAUUGGCUAAAAAUUGAGAUAUAGAAAAUUAAAAGUCAUCUGAAAAGAGUAUUGAUAGAGAUGUCAAAGGAUCGUGUACCACUUUAAACCCUUGUUACGUGACACUAAGCUAACACUACUCACCAUCUUAGCACUGUUUUCAAAAUACAACGCACCUGGAAUUAGUGAGAUGAAAAGGUCAACCUUUUACCGUUCAACUUCUUGUAUAUUUUUCCAAAAUGGUGGCAAACAAAAGAGUGUACCAGGCUGUAAAUAGCUUUUAGAAUUAAAUAUGGUCGAUCUAAGCUGAUCUUGCUUGAAUCUAUAAAAACGAAUACAGUGUGCAGAACACAUUGUUAACUAAUGUCUACGUAUCCGAUUAUCUUGGAAUGGAGUUUUUCCUACAAAAAAAAAAUUAAUUGAAAACUGCGAGGAAAACGAUAAUUUCAAACCCGUAGUAAACAGAAAAUCGCCAAUGUUUCAUUGGUGAACGAGUGUCACAGAAUAGAUACCAGUUCCCGGGCAAGAAAAACUAAGCACAUGAGAUCGAGGCAAAAUGUGUCACGCCGGUCUUAUGUCCAAGUUUGCACGCAGUUGCAAAAAUUGCAAAACAGAAGAGAAAUUGCAAAAUUUGGCACACAAAACGGUUACUAUGUUAUGUACGGUACAUGUUUAGUAAGCAUUCUCCUCCUUCGAACACAGUAAAGAAAUAUUUAGUAGAACUAGGCCCCGCCCCUGCGAGAUGAACUUUUAUCCCCUGAAACGCGCCAAAUUUACAGGAGGAAUUUUCCUCUUGUGGGUUUUAUCCAAUCACGAAUGGUUUUACUGGUGCGCCGUCAAUCGAACCCGAUGACGCCACAUGAAACGUGACUCGAACUGUUUUUAUCUAAAUUGAGCUGUAUAUUUUCUUUUGCGAGCUGUAUUACGAUUUCGUUUUAUCGCCUGUAUUCAAAUAAAAAGUCGAGUGCAAAUCAUCAUCAUCAAGUCUCAUCGCGCCAGUAGGCUCAUAAGGCCUCCAUGCUCUCUGGCCAACAAUUUCUGCCUUGUGCAACCGCUUUGGCUACUUCCCAGCUCUUCCAACCAGCUUUGUUUCGCUCUUUCUGGACUGUCCUUCUCCAAGUAGUUUUUGGUCUUCCUCUCACCCUCCGACCUUCAGUAGUCCAUCCUAAUGCUGUAAAGCAGUCGUUCUCACCCUCUCUCCUUAGUAUGUGACCUAGCCAGUUAAUAAUAAUAAUAAUAAUAAUAAUAAUAAUAAUAAUAAUAAUAAUAAUACUUGUAUAGCGCCGAUAUCAAUAUUGCUAUUUUCAUCAGCGCUUAAAAAUAAAAAUAUUAAAAAAAUAAAAACAAAAUAAAAUAAAAAAAAUAAUAAUAAUAAUAAUAAUAAGUGCAUAAAAUAUACAUGCAAAAAGUGCAUGAACCUACCAAAAAGAGUAAAACAAUUAUGUCAACACUAAAACUAUAAAAAUUACCUAGACUACUUAAAUCGUAAAAAAUUGCAUAAAACCUGCUAAAAACGAGAUUAAAAAAGCACAUAAAAUCACAAAAAAGCUUUCUGAAAUAAAAAUGUCUUGAGUGUCUUUUUAAAAGAUACUACUGAGCGGCUACGCCUAAUUGAAUAGGGCAAUGAAUUCCAUAGUUGAGGAGCAGCAGCAGCAAAAGAUCGAUCUCCUAACGUUGUUAAAGUUCCACCUUCUUCGUCGAACCUCACAGCUCCUUCGGGACGUUUCUAGGCGGACAAUCAGUAAUCGUGCGUAGUGCCUGUGUACGUGUGUGUGUGCGCGUGAGUAUGCAAAAACUACCUAAGUUACUUCGGCUACUCUGUAUUAUAUAUCUGGACUGUUAAGUAAUUACUGUAUAGUAGCAAUGUAAUCAUGUAUCUAUAUGCUUUAUAUGUAAGUAAUGUAAAUAAGUGAUGCAAAUAAAUUAAUUAAUAAUAAAAAAAAAGUCAGUGUCCGUUGUCCGCAUUAACGGGUGCCCGUAUUAAGCGGGAUAAUUCUAUUAGCGAAAAUGUAAGAGCCUUUCCCGGGACAAAAAUAACUGUCCGUAAUGACUAGGUGUCCGUAUUAAGCGGGUGUUUGAAAGCGGGUUUCGACAGUACUCAAAAAGAGACAAGUUUUGGUGUCAAAAUGUCAAAAUUUUCGUUCAAGAAACGUUCUUUUGUAGCACCAGAUAAAUUGAAUUUUUUAGGGAGUGUUAAACUUUAAUUUUUACCAGCAUUCCUUGCCCCUCGGACCAUGCCACUGUACUCUUACUUGAAUUAUAUUUUAUAGUGAAUGUUAAGUAUCAUAACCAUUUCAAACCUUUUUUAGGGUACCAUCGACGCGAAAGAAGGAAAAGAGAGAACCAAAACACCUGCGAUACCUCAAUUAGAAAUCAACCCCGCCUUGCCUCCAGAAGAAUUUACCGAUCUCCUUGUUCAACGUUUGGAAGGUUUAAAUCUUGAAAGUGACACCUCAGCAGUUGAACACCACAUGAUUCUUGACCUGUGGGACUUUGCUGGGCAACAUCUUUACUAUACUUGUUACCCAGUUUUCUUAUCGUCGCGAGCAGUAUAUUUGUUGGUUUACAAUCUCAACAAAGGAUUAAAUGAAGUAGCUUUGCCUUGUUUUAGACGAGGAUUUUUCAACAUUCCUCUAAAGAACUCAAGUCGCGAAACGAAUUUGGAAAACUUGUUGUCGUGGUUGGUCACCGUUAGCUCAAUUUGCUCAUCACAAUCAGAAACUACUGAAGGAGAAAAGAAAGAAGCAGAUCUGCCCUAUUCUCGCCCACCAGUGUUCAUAGUGGGGACACAUGCCGACAAAAAACAACAUAAGGAGAUCAGGGAGAUGGAAUCCCAAAUUAAGAAGGAAAUUUUUUCGAAGGACUACGAAAGUCACGUGAUCCUUCCUUUCUUUUCAGUUGAUAAUACGCAAGGAUCUUCUGAUGAGGGGGUUUCCAAACUUCAAAAGAAAAUAAUCGAAGUUUUGAAGAAAGAACCAUACAUGGGGGAGGAGGUACCCAUAAGGUUUGUUUAG